AUGAACGAAGCGUUCGGGCGAGGGUUGGGCAUGCUGUCGGCAGCGGCUCAAGGUGCUGGCCAAGGCCUUGAGGGUAUCGGCCGUGUUGGGCAGAGUGCGGCGAAGCAGGAUAAGAAGCGGAGACAGUUGAUGGAGAGCAUGUUGCACAAUCAGAAGCUGAGUGCAACUAGAAGGCAGCGACUUGCUGCUAGCAGUGGCAAUAGCGGCCUUUCUAGUAGCCUGGCUUUCACGCAGUUUGAGGGUAUCGAGCUGGCUGAUCCGAAUCGAACAGCAGAGAAUCAGAACAAGAGGGCGGCGGCUAUUGAUGCCGCCCAUAAGGCUGCUCAGAAGCAGGGCGCGGCUCAGGACUACUUCAACGAGCUCACUGGCUUCAAGAAAUGA